AUGUCCGUAUCACAAGCAGUUAAGAAAACGUGUAGUGAGGUCGAAGAAGAUGUUACUCCUCGUGUGAAUGCUUUUAGAGAUAAGCACCCUCUUUCGGACCCCGGAAACCACUCAAGGGAUCAUUUCAAGAAAAGGAUGGGGCCCCUCAGGUUUAAAAUGCGUGAUUGGCUGUUGCCAUUCACUCGGAAUCAAUCCGAAAGGCUUUACAAAUGGCAGUCCCGCGUACGUUGCGAUUUGCUAGACAAGUAUUUUGGAUACACGUCUUUGAUGGGAUCACAUACGUUUUACGUGAUUAUGCUGCCAUUGCCUCGUUGGUUUGGUUACAGUGGUGUCUCUCGAGACCUGGUUUACAUUCUUGGGUAUUCAAUCUAUCUGAGUGGGUUCUUUAAGGACUAUUGGUGCUUACCUCGUCCUCAAUCUCCACCUCUUGUAAGAGUAGCAUUGAGUGGAUACACCACUAAGGAGUACGGUGCUCCUAGUUCCCAUACGGCAAAUUCAACUGCGGUUACUCUUCUUUUGAUGUGGUAUAUUUAUGAGAGUGUGAGCAUGUCAUGGAUGGCAAAAUUACUUGCUGUAAUCGGCGUAUUGAUAUAUUACUUCACGCUUACGGUGGGUAGAAUAUACUGCGGUAUGCAUGGUUUGCUUGACAUAAUCUCAGGUGCAAUCAUUGGCGCGGUUUGUUUCCUGUUCAGAUGGUAUGUGCAUACUCACACCAAUAUUGACCCAAAUUCUAUGGACGUAUGGGGAUGGUGGUUCCCUAUUUGUUCAGUGGUGUUUGGUAUUUUUCUCCUAUACGUGCAUGCGAAACCAGUAGAUCAAUGCCCAUGCUUUGAGGAUAGUGUUGCGUUUGUCGGCGUGAUCUCUGGGCUAGAAUGCAGUGACUGGGUUCGGAGCCACUUAUUGGGGCCGGAGAGCUACACAGUGCCGUACUCGUGGGUCGAAUUCGGAUUGUCUCGCACAUUGAUACGCUGUGCUGCUGGUGUGGCAAUGGUGCUAUUGUGGAAGAGCGUCAUUGGUAAGCCACUCAUAUAUGCGUCCCUUAAUUGCGUGCUUCCGGAUGACAGGCCCAAAUACGCGCAUGUUCAUGAUGAGAAAUUCUGGACGCUUGAAGUUCCGCUCUAUUUAGGGCGCUCCAACACGGACUUGUUAGGGAGAUACAUACUGUACGCAGGCGUUCCCACCACAGUCGCUCUAAUCUGCCCCAUGGUUUUCACCCGCUUCGGUCUGUAG